CAAAAUGUCAAACCUGGACAGCUGGGCAGCGAUCGCAAAAUGACCCAAAUAGGGGCAAUACAGCACUCCCUCGUCGGAGUAUGAGUGAGAAUCUAAUGCUACCCAACUUCGAAGACAACGUGUACACAAGUCAGUAUUGCGAAGAGAAUAUCUACCAUCUCGCCCAGCGAAUGCUGGCACAGCCGGACAGUGACAGCAGGUGGGAUAUCAAUAUUAUCUUUGUAUCCAAUUUAUCCAGGACGGUCGCUUUAUGGAACCAGCGGAUAAGCUCUGUUGUUCUAACGCUGCGCGGGGCCUUCGCUGCAAAUCGAGAUGACGAACAAGGAACUUGGAUCUAUGAUCUGGACACUCGCCUUCCCGUGCCAUGUCCUUGGGAAGAAUACGUGGAGCAAACUUUCCCCGGCCACGCGGACUUGCCAGAACAAUUCCAAAGUCUCUUCAGGGUCGUUCCUUCUAAGGUUUACUUGGACAGCUUUGCAUCCGAUAGAUCGCACAUGGUCAUUUUCGAUCCCUCUCACGGACCCCAUUAUGUUGCAGUGCCUCCUUCAUACCCUUGUAUCUGUGGACCCUUGGCAGCUGCGCAGGGUGUCAGCCACAAUUUGAUGAGUGACUUCGUUUAUAUGGGUGGCGAAGUCAAUGGACUUGGCACCGUGCUUGAUUUCGCAUCAUUUAAAGAUUGGUGUUCAGGCAGUAAACCAGUACCUAGAAGUGUGUAGAAAACUAGUACAUAUGCCCGCAUUAUGCUACGAGGAUCCCCCUAUCCUCUCGUGUGACAG